AUGGCUGAUUCCCUCACCGAAGAGCAAGUGUCUGAGUACAAGGAGGCCUUCUCCCUGUUUGACAAGGAUGGCGAUGGACAAAUCACCACCAAGGAGCUUGGCACCGUCAUGCGCUCGCUGGGCCAGAACCCCUCCGAGUCUGAGUUGCAGGAUAUGAUCAACGAGGUUGACGCCGACAACAACGGCACUAUUGACUUCCCCGAAUUCCUCACUAUGAUGGCUCGUAAGAUGAAGGACACCGAUUCCGAGGAGGAGAUUCGCGAGGCAUUCAAGGUCUUCGAUCGUGACAACAACGGGUUCAUUUCCGCCGCCGAGCUUCGCCACGUCAUGACCUCCAUCGGCGAGAAGCUGACUGACGACGAGGUGGACGAGAUGAUCCGCGAGGCGGACCAGGAUGGUGAUGGCCGAAUCGAUUACAACGAGUUCGUUCAGCUCAUGAUGCAAAAAUAA